UGGCAUCUAAGAACGUAGGAAACAGCGUUUGACUUUUUAAUAAGGUGUCAUUUGGAAAAUUGAAAAGCCAUGACUUUCAGUUUUUGCGGCACACGGUUCGUCUGCAUUCACGAGUGUCCUGUGCAAAUAAGGCAAGCAAUUCGCGCACAGGUUUUGUAAAUAAAACUUGCACCCUCUGCCCUUUGUACAUAGCCGGCGCGCGUGCCCGUAAUGAAAACAAGUGUUUUGCCAGGCGCCCAGCGUUUCAUUCACCUCCUUCCUCGAUGUUGACUGUUUAACAUUUAAUUCAACUUUACGGGGCUGGCGGACGUCGCAUGGCGUGCAACGGACGUAUAGGAAGUUUGACGAAAACGAAACAGUUCCCGUGCUUUCAAUUUAAUUUGGGCGUGACACAUGUGCAUGGGCAAAGCAACAGACAAGGCGAGACAACGCAACCAUUGUUACAUUUUCGCGACUCAAGCCGGAAUUUCAGUCGGAUUAUACGUUAGCUUGAAAAUUGCCACCGAGCGGAGGACGGUUCGCCGAGCGACGACUCCCCGAAGUUGAAUUUCAAAGCGAAACCAAAUUGUUUACAAACAAAGGCUCGCGCAUGCGGAAACUAAAAGGUGCCGAACAUAAGUGAAUCCGCUGCUGCCUUUGCUUUUAAGACCAACGUUUAAAAUGAAGAACUUGCAGCUUGUGAUUUUGUACACGAUUUUCGCGUUUGUGAUAUCUACUGGCAGCGGCAAACGGAAGCAGCAAAAAAGACCAAAGAUUCGUCGCCCUUUAAUUUUUCCCCAGCCAGCACAACCUCCAGAUUCAAAGUGCGAAAUUAUCCCCGAACACUUCGGCCUUUGCUAUGGAAUGGAAUACCCCAGAAUGCGACUCCCAAACCUGCUUGGUCACGCCACUAUGACCGAAGUGUUGCAACAAUCGAGGUUCUGGCCACCGCUAGUGUCGAAAGGCUGCAACCCAGAGACGCGCAAGUUUCUUUGCUCAUUGUUUGCUCCUGUGUGCAUGAAAGGAAUCGACAGGUCCAUUCCACCUUGUCGUGGUCUGUGUGAAGCUGUGCGCGAUAAUUGCUCACGCACAAUGAGGAACUUCGGUUACCCGUGGCCAGAAAUCCUCAACUGCACGCAGUUUCCACAACAAGGCCAAAUGUGUAUUGAAGAAGACAGGUCCGGCCUACCAACACCCCCGCCAAAGGUUUGCCAACCGUGCCGACGGAGACGGGCCCUGCAAUAUCUGAAGACCAAGUUUUGCUCGUUCGAUUUCGUGAUGAAGGUGCGCGUUAAAAACUUGUCCUACGGUUACGAUGAAACUCGGAUGGUUAUCAAGCCAAAGCACACGAUUCGUUGGGAUAAAUCACUCCGUGGUACACGAAAAAACGAUCUAUGGAUGCGAGACGGAUUCCAUUGCCGAUGUUCAGUGAUCAACAAUAUCAAAAAAUCUUAUCUCGUGACCGGCUGGAAAACCGCAAACAAACUAGUUGUUCAUUCAAUUUUAAAGUGGAACAAAAAAAGCAAACGGGUUGUAAAAAGGCUCAAACGAGCAAAAUGCUGAACGCGUUAACGUUUGGUUAAAAAUCUGCAAGACAAAAGGGAGAGUCGGACUCCACCGAUCGCUGCCCAGUGUGAUAUUGUUUUUAAAUAUGGUUUAUCAUAUUGCCUGUUUCAUAUGCUUUACUAUUACUUUGCUUUUUCUUGUACCUCCAUUCUUCAAAUAUUUUAUGUCAAAAUUUCGUUACAUUUAUCUCGUCCUAUAUAACCCUGGCUCCAGCAGGUACUAAAGCUUAAACAGGACGAAGUAUUACUGCUGUUUUUAACGAUAAAUCCAAUAUGUUUACCAUCAAACCAGAGCUCGUACUCUGCACAAAACAAAUACUUCUGUCAUUUUUCAGAAUGUUACCUUCUAAGGGAUUUAAAGUAAGAAAUCGGUACUUUUAUUUAAACGGUGUGUACAAAAUUUGAUUGGCUUGUGGGUUGUGAAUACAAUUCUUUGUAGGAUAAUUUUA